ACCUCUCAGACACGAUACUUUCUUCCCCUCUCUCAUUCUCAGCUCUUCUCUCCCACAACCCAGCCAGUCACUCAACCUCGGGCUCAUCACCUUCCAUCUCUUGGUUCUUCUCUACCCCUCCAUAUUUUGUUAGCGCAACUCAUCACCGGCUCCACCAUCGUCGUCGCAACCAGUUCUUAGGUUCGAUUUCUCAGUUUGCAGCGUCAAUCGAGUCCACCAAUCUCACCGCCGAUCUGGUUUUGUCUCCUCAAUAUGGGUUUUGGGAUUGUUUGUGGAUGCCGAUCUCAGUUUCUGCCACCGGGUUUCUAUGUCGAUCUGGGUUCUACUACUGGGUUUUAGUCGCAUGGUUUGUUUUGCUAAAAACUGUGAAAGACCACCUGAGUUUGCUGGGUUUUUACCAAUAUCGAGUUUUUUUUUUGGGUAGCUAAUUUGAGUUUGUGUGAGUUUGUAGAGAAAUUAAAAUUUGGGUUUAAGAAUUUCUGCUUUGAUAUGGCUGUGCUUUGACUGAAAUUAGAGAAUUUGAGUUUGAUUUGUUCAGAAUUUUGAGUUUGGGUUUUUCGUGGUUGAAGGAAAAUUUUCAUUUUACAUGUUGGCAACCAAACACGGUAAAAGGAAAACAUUUUCAGUAAAAUAUUUUACACUUCAAAACAGAAGAAAAAUGUACCGGCGAGGUGAGUCCGGCGACACGGUGAUUUUCUGAAAAUGGGUUGUGUUUUGUGGUCACGCAAAAGGGUAAAUUUGGGUUUUUGAAAAAAUUGUAAGGGUAAAUUUGGGUUUUCGUAUUGGAAUUGGACCUCCGAGGGUCCAAUGCGAAAACGUGGGUUUUCACGCAAAAUGUUAGGAUUUGGUUUUCAAAUCAAAGCAAAAGACAAGGCUCAAUAGUGUAUAUAUAAAACAAAGAAAUUGAACGAAUCAAACGAAGAAGGAGAAGCAAGGCAUGGGGGAUAAGAGUCGGAGCCUCCCCGUGGAUCCGAAUUUGCCCCGAUGGGUCUGCCAGAAUUGCCGCCACUCCCUCUGCGUCGUCGGCGUCGAUUCUUACGCCGACAAGUUCUACAACGACUAUUCCUCUCGCUCCGGAAUGCAGGGGUCUUCAAUUCAUGGGGCCAAUAGUGUGUUAGGUUCGACGCGGAUGGACAACUCUUUUGUUGUGUUACCAAAGCAAAAACCCCAGCAGCAGCUACAAGGGAUUCCUCCUCGUCCUCGGGCUGGGGCUGGACCUGUUCAGCCGGAUAUUAGCCAGCCUGGGAAGACAAUGGAGGAGUCAUUCGUGGUUGUGUAUAAGUCGGAGUCUGCGUCAGAUGGAGGCGGGACUCAGUUACCCUCUCCUGAAGGAGGAUCCAAUGUUCCUUUGCAGCCUCACAACUCAGGGUUCCACUCGACUAUUACUUUGCUCAAACGUGCAUUUGAGAUUGCCACAACUCAGACCCAGGUUGAGCAACCUUUAUGUCUUGAAUGCAUGAGAGUGUUGUCUGACAAACUUGACAAGGAGGUUGAAGAUGUGAACAGGGACAUUGAAGCAUAUGAGGCAUGUCUUAAGCGCUUGGAGGGAGAUCCACGUGAUGUUCUUAGUGAGGCUGAUUUUCUUAAGGAGAAAUUAAAGAUUGAGGAAGAAGAGAGAAAGCUCGAAGCAGCAAUUGAAGAAACUGAGAAACAGAACGCUGAAGUGAAUGCUGAACUGAAGGAGCUGGAGUUAAAAUCUAGCCGCUUUAAGGAAUUAGAGGAGCGGUAUUGGCAUGAGUUCAAUAAUUUUCAGUUUCAGUUAGUUUCACAUCAGGAAGAGAGAGAUGCAGUUCUAGCAAAAAUUGAGGUUUCCCAAGCACAUUUGGAGCUGUUGAAGCGAACUAACGUGCUUAAUGAUGCAUUCCCCAUCUGUCAAGAAGGAGAAUUCGGCACCAUUAACAAUUUUCGACUUGGACGACUUCCUAAAGUUCCAGUUGAGUGGGAUGAGAUAAAUGCUGCUUGGGGCCAAGCUUGUCUUCUCCUCCAUACAAUGUGCCAAUAUUUCCGGCCAAAGUUUCAAUAUCGAAUAAAAAUUAUUCCUAUGGGGAGCUACCCUCGAAUUAUGGACAGCAACAACAAUACUUAUGAGCUGUUUGGUCCUGUGAACUUGUUUUGGAGCACUCGCUAUGACAAAGCAAUGACAUUGUUUGUCACAUGCCUCAAGGACUUUGCUGAGUUUGCACGUUUAAGGGAUAUGGAAAACAACAUACCUCCUGACAAACAAUUCAAAUUGCCCUAUAAGAUUGAGAAUGACAAAGUUGGAACGUAUUCCAUCACGCAAAGCUUCAACAAGCAGGAAAACUGGACCAAAGCUCUCAAGUACACCCUCUGCAAUUUAAAAUGGGCUCUCUUCUGGUUUAUAGGGAAUACCAACUUCCAGCCUCUUACCUCAGUGGCAUCUUCACAUGCUGAAGUUCCAGAAAUAGGUUCUUUGUACAGGCGUGGGACCGACUCCAAACUUGAAUCUCGAAACACAUCAAACCCGUGAUAUUAAAUGAAAUUUAUACAACAUGUCAUGUCAACUUGUAAAUUAAAAUUCACAGUUUAAUCUUGGUUAGUCCAAAUCAUUAGUGUUUGUUGGAUUCUGUAUUCCGUAUGCAAUGGACAGUUUGGAAAGGAAAAGUUUCUAGCUUGUUCUGUAAUUGCCUUUUGACUUGUAAAUAUCUUAUAGAUUGAAAGAUAAUAGACCUGGUUGUCCGUCUAAAA